AUGUCAGCAUAUGUAAAGGGUUUAAUAGGUGGAGGAUUGAUUUUCGGAUUAGGAUAUUGGUUAAUGAAAACCACUGCACCGAAUCCAGAUGAAUUGUAUAAGAAAUUAUCACCUGAUCUUCAAAAACAAGUUAAAUCUCCUGAAACACUAUAUGAUGUUAACCAAAUUGUAGAAGAGAUGAAAGAAGAAAGAAAUGACAAGAGAUAG